UAGGCAAUCAAUUGGGUGCAGACUGCACUGCUAUUUACUGUGGAUAUCUGCUACAUUGUUUCAAGAGUCAGAACCAGAGAACAGAAAGGCACAAACAGCAGGUUCCCCUCCCUGUGACUGGGGCCGAGCUGGGGAAUGCGGAUGUAUCAUUGCUCAUGUGACUCAGAGAAGAAAGUGAAAGAGUUUAUGGGAGUCACACAGAGGAUGAUGAUGGCUGCAGCCGGGCAAGGACUGUUGCUCCAAGCAGGUCCCAUGAUUGUGGGUUGGGCAUUAACAGGUCAUAGUGCAUUUGUAUGAGCCACUGGAUUGGACAUUGAUGGGAUCGUCCUCUUAAAAUGCGUCAUAGGCGUCAAAGUGCCCCCUUGCCAUCUGAGGUUACUGGCCUGGAACCCACAAAAUAUGAAACUGCCCUGGGUGAACUAGAAUCUGGCAGUUGUGGAGACGCCUCAACUGUUCCAUGGGGUAGGAGAUUUCCAGAGAUUCUACCAGGAGAACCAAUAACCUUCUAUUCAGGGUAUCCAGAUUUCGGAUAUCACAUCUACCAGGAGGACAAUGUAGAUAUCUGCUCCAGCUUCCUUGUUGGACAAUGCCUUCAGGGAUCCCACUGCCCCAAACACCACAAUGUGCUUCCAUAUGCAUGGCAAGUGAGAGACCGACACACGACUCAGUGGACUAAUGUUGAAGAAGGGGCACAUCAAGCCCUAGAGAGACUGUUUAGUGACCCCCAUGUUGUGCAGGUGAUAGGAAUGUACAAGGGUAUUCAGGUCUUAAUAGACUUCAGCACCAUGGACAUUUACAACAGUCCAGAAAUCGACAGAGUACGACGCCUCUCCACCUCCACUGACCCUUCCGUUCACUUUCACACCUCCUACAAGUACUUCUACGAAGAGUCCGAUGACAAAUGGAUCGAAUAUGAUAAGGACUUUAUGAGCGCCAUUGCUGAAGGUCUUCGAAAUAAACAAGACACGGUGACUUACAGCAAUCCCCUUUUCAAGUACGAUCUCCAUCUUACCAGGAUGUACCAGCUGAACCUACAGACAGGAACGAUGAGGAGGAUGGCAAGAAGGCCCAUCUUCAGGUCCACUGUGACCAUGCAGGCUGAACUCCAGACCUUCUCUGGUCAUGAGCCCACUUCCCAUUCCACCCAUAGCAACCCCCAUCCUGAUGUGGCAGCUCAAUUUCCUGGCUCCUGGAUCAUCACCAACCCCAAAGUGACCCAUGAGAGCAUUCUGCUGACAUACGGGGACCGGGAAUUUGCUCAUGUUUAUACCUAUUUCCACAGCACAAUGUCCGAGUCCCAGUAUAUAAUCCUGGAGAUGACCAGAAUCCAGAACUACUUCCAGUGGGACAAGUACAAACGGAAAAGAGACCACAUGAUUCAGCAACUAAAUGAAGGUGAGCAGAAACAACUAGAGCGCCAUCUUUUCCAUGGCACGGAGCAUAUACUGGUAGAGGCCAUCUGCCGUCAUAACUUUGAUCCCAGAGUGAGUGGCAAGAAUGGCACAAUCUAUGGUCAAGGGUGCUACUUUGCUAAGGACGCUAGUUAUUCCCACCGUUAUGCCAAGCCAACCUCCGAGGGCUCCGAGGGCUAUCAUUAUAUGUUUCUGGCCAAGGUCUUGGUGGGUCGUCCAGCCAGGGGAACACAAGCACUCCGUCGCCCUCCCCCGAUAUACCCCAAUGACCCAUCCAGCCCGCUCUAUGACUCCUGCGUUUCCCAGCUCAAUAAUCCGGACGUUUUCGUUAUAUUUGACAGCGACCAAUUUUACCCGUAUUUCCUCAUCAAGUACCAGAAGACCCAAAACAUGGUCAUCCUGGCUUAAAGGACUUUGAAUUCUUCACUCUUAUCUGUUAGUUAGAAAUAAAAGAUUUGCUUGGUACCAAAAA